UUAUAAAUCCAUCAGACAUGCAUGCAAUGUAUAGACAUGAGAUGGGUAUGACAGGGAAAUAAUGGGCUGAGAUGCCAUGCAUGAAGAUGGAAUUGGAACUUGGAAAGGAGUCAUGUGGAACUUGCAGGAAUGAUGAUGGGUGAAUCUGAGAUAGAAAUGGACCCAUGCACCACUGAACUUAUCUGAACACUUGGUCUACUCUUUAAAGCUUAAAGUGGAGAGAGGGAGAGAGGGUAUCUUUGGUAGGACAACAAUGGGAGUAGCCUAGUACUUUUUUCUUGUUUUCUCUCUCCCGCUAUCUUUCCAUCUCAAUUUGUUGCAGUAGUUGCUGUUUGUUGUGGUUGAAGUGCCAAGAUUCAACAAACAGUGAGUGUGGUGAAUGUGUCUGCUUCUUUUUCUUAAAUUAUCCAACAACACCUUUUUCUCUGACUUCCCUGACGUCCCACCAUCGUCUCUCCCAACCUUUUCUUUCCCAUAAUUAAACAUCACUACCCACCCAUCGAAUUCUCCCUCUGCAUAUCUUCUCAUCGCCAUUCUUUCCCUUUUUUAUUUACUCUUCCCUGUGCAGCAAAAUCAGAGAUACCCAGAAGCUGGUUUUGUCUUCUAAUUAGCAACAGUCACACCCAUAUGGCACCACUGAAGAUGUCUGCGACCUCAAAAUAAUGAAGAGCUAGAAACCAUCAAUUGUAGGUCAGGCCAAUAUUUCCUAUACUAGACACUGCUCAUCCAGCAAAAAACGAGUUCUUGAUCUUCAUUUUAUGAUCAAACAUGAAAGCAUCAAAUUGUGAAUUUGAAGCAGAGGCAGUGUCUGAAGAUGAAUCCGACAUCAGCAGUCAAGUUGCUUCCAAUAUCUCCAUCCAUGGAGCUUCUCCAGAACCUUCCAAGGACACCACCAUUUCCACCUGCCUCACAAAUCUCAUGAAGCUUGAACCUAAUAUGAGGCCCAUUUCCCUCAAUUUAAGCCUUAGCUUCAAAAAUAGUGAUAGUGAUAUGGGGGGCACAAAAGAGUCAGUGGGGCUCUCACUAUCGAGCACCAGUGAGAGUAGCAGUGAAGUUGCUCCUCACACUCCAUCGACCUCCUUCCCUAGAGUUUUCUCUUGCAACUAUUGUCAACGCAAGUUCUUCAGCUCACAGGCUUUGGGUGGGCACCAGAAUGCACACAAGAGGGAGAGGACACUAGCAAAGAGAGCCUUGCGGAUGGGAAUCUUCUCAGAGAGGUAUGCCAGCCUGGCAUCCCUUCCCCUACAUGGGUCAGCAUUCCGGUCCCUUGGGAUCAAAGCUCACUCAAUGCACCAUGGCAUUGCAGCACCAGAGAGGCCCCCUGAGAUUAAAACUGGUGCCAGGUUUGAACACAGCUACUUUGGGCCACCGAUGCUCUUGGAAGAUGAUGACGCAGAGCUGUUUUGGCCUGGGAGUUUUCAACAAGUGCCUGAGGGAAUUGGUUCCCAUCCAGGUUUUGAAUUGGCAGGAAGCUCAUCUUUUAAUUUCGUAGCAGUGGCUCCAGCACCAGAAGCAGAUUCAUCCCCACCAGAUCUUACACUGAGACUUUAAGAGGUUCCUUUCUUUUUACAUACAAUUAUUGCAGCAUUGUUCUCUCUGUACAGUGAGAUGUGCAUGAGCUAUGUGUGCAUGCUUUUUCUUCAUCUCUGGAUGAUGUUUUAUUAUAUGUUGUCAUCACUGUAUAAGAGUUCCUGAGGGGAAAUUUCAGUGUCUGUGAUUGUUAUUAUACUGAUCAAUGCUGUUUGUGUGGUGGAGAUAUGCAAUCAUCUUAAUGCCCAUAAUGUGCUUUAUCA